GCCGCGGUGGUGCGUGCCCUUUGCUCGCAUCACUCCAGCUCAUGAAUUCAUAUUAUUUGUAAUGCGAUAUUUGGACUGUCCAUCAGCACCUCUUACUGUGUAUGUGUGGCAACAACAUGUCUGUGCCGCUGCUUGCCGAGGCUGUGACGGUGUCUGGGACACAGAAGGAGACAGCUGCGGUCAUCUUUCUCCAUGGCCUGGGUGACACAGGUCAUGGCUGGGCUGAUGCAAUGACAUCUAUUAGGCUGCCAUAUGUCAAGUACAUCUGUCCACAUGCACCCAGAAUCCCUGUAACCCUCAAUAUGAAAAUGACCAUGCCCUCAUGGUUUGACCUGAUGGGUUUGAGUCCAGACUCUCCAGAGGAUGAAGCAGGGAUUAAGAAAGCAGCAGAGAACAUCAAGGCCAUUAUUGACCAUGAGGCAAAAAAUGGGAUACCGGCUAAUCGUGUCAUACUCGGUGGAUUCUCUCAGGGUGGCGCGCUCUCCCUCUACACUGCUCUUACCUGUCAGCAGCAGCUAGCAGGUGUGGUUGCGCUAAGCUGUUGGUUACCGCUUCACAAGACCUUCCCGCAGGCAGCAAGUGGCAGUGCAAACAAGGACAUACCUAUACUGCAGUGUCAUGGGGACAUGGACCCAAUGAUCCCAGUGCAGUUUGGGGCCAUGACCGCAGAGAAGCUAAAGACCAUAGUGACCCCACAGAAACUUACCUUUCGUACCUACCCAGGCCUCAUGCACAGCUCCUGCCCUCAGGAGAUGUCUGCUGUGAAGGAAUUCAUUGAGAAGCAGUUGCCCCGAAUCUGACCUCACUGUUGUCCUUAAACACCGACCUCUCACCUCUGGCCAACCAUUCUCUCACAGGAAACAGCCAUGAGCAUCCCCAACACACAUACAGUCACAAAAACACGCACACAGAGGCAUGAACAUCUAUCUGUACAUACUGUGAAGAUGGCAGCGCAUUCUUAAAUUGGUGUCUCAUGCCUACGUUUGUAAAUUCAUACACACGUUAUGGACAGUCACUUCCAAUGUACUACCACCACCAUAUUUGGGAGAAUCGCAUAUUUACAAUACAUUUCCAUUAGCAUUUACGUGGCACACCAUUUCCUCACACAUUAAACCUCUUUCCUCACUUCCCUUGCCAACUCCCCUCUGUGAGAGGCAGUACAGGCAUCAUUCUGAUACACUUCUCAUUAGCACUCAGUGAAAGCUUCCCGCUGUUUCCUGCCACACCCAGGAGAGUGCAGCUCUGGCAGGCCUGUGGUGCUGGAGGUGCAUCAGAACCUGUAACUGGUGCCGUCUGGGGUGACUCAUGCCACACUGCUCUGCAUGCUGCUCUCACAGUCCCUGGAUGCAGGGAAUGUUUGGGGGAGUGCCAUGCUUUAUUCUGGCCUCUCAGGGGUGCUCUUGCUUACGUUUAAAUCUUGUUUUGGACUAGAUAUAACUGAAAUUAAAGCAAACAAAACUGCUGAAAAUAAAUCAAAUGAAUAAACCAUUUAAGUUUUCCACCA